ACUUACAUGGUCUACUUUUGACCUUUGACAACAUAUUACACUGACUGAAAAGUCUGCAUUGCUGCACACGGUCAAAAGGUCAACGUUCCAUACAACUGUUCGCUGCUGCCUCUUAAAGCACGCAUCUUGAUAGCAGCUGAUUGGUUGAAGGGCUGAACAAAUCCAGCUGAUAGCUUAACCGAAGCGUUCUGUUACUAGACCCGCAUCCCAGCUGCUUUCCACCAAGUUCGGUGGGACGGGCCAAUGGCUACAAUGCAAAUGCCGAUGCCAAGUACCUCCUUAGUACUAGAAGACCUGACACAGGGAUUGAACGAGUGGCGCAAUAUCCAGGACAUUGUACGGCUCACGUUCAAAGCCUUCCAUGACGUGCUCAGAGCACAAGGCGAAGCCAUCAAGGCCAUAGAGCGGGCGGUGGACACCAAGGCCAGCCGCGCCGAGGUGGCCACCUCGCUGCAGCAGAAGGCCAAUGCAGCGGACAUGGCGGCGCGGAUACGGGAGCUGGAGACACUGCUGGCUUCCAAGGCUGACGCAGCGGACAUGGAGCGGCGGGCGCUGAAGACGGAGGUGGACGCCAGCCUGCGCACGCAGAUGUCGGAUGUGUACACCUUGCUGAGGUCCAAAACGGAGGACGCGGAGUUCAAGGCCUUCAAGGAGCAUGCUGACCGGCAGCUGGCGGGGCUGCGUGCGGACGUGACGCGGCUGGGUUCGGGCAUGGAGGCGCUGCGGGGCUCUCUGGACGGCAAGGCGGGGCUGGCGGAGGUGAGCGCGGCGCUGGCGCAGAAGGCGGACCUGGCGGAGGUGGACGACAAGCUGAGGGACAAGGUGUCCCGCAAGAUGUUCCAAGAGGCCCUAGCCCGCAAGGCUGAUGUGGCGCAGCUGGACCAGGCGGAGGCGCGGUUGGGGCAGGAGCUAGCGGACCUGCGCGCGCUGGCGGGCAGGAAGGCGGAUGCGACGGCGCUGGAGGAGGUGUCCAGCCGCACGGACCGGCUGCGUCAGCGUGUGGAGGCGGACAGCGACACCACCGCUGCGGCGCUGCGGACCAUCUCCGCCACCUUUGACAACACCCUUGCAGACGUGCGCGGGCGGCUGGAGGGCACCUCCACCCAGGUGGCCACCCUGCACCGCAACAUGGCGGCAUUCGACCAGCAGCUGAGGGACGUGGACACCGCUUUCAGGGAGGGUCUGUCCAAGAAGGCCGACGCGGUGGAGGUGUACCGGCUGCUGGACCGCAAGGCGGAUGCGGCGGCGGUCACGGAGGCACUGCAGCACAAGGCGUCGCAGGAAACCGUUGACGCCGUGUUCGCCAAAGUAGACAACGCGCUGGACCUGGCGGCCCGGCUGGACGCGCUGCAGCGGGACGUGGACAACAAAGUGGGGGAGGCAAAGGCCAUCUACCAGACCAUGGAGGGUAUGGCGCGUGUGGAGGACGUCAACAAAGCCCUCCUCGAGGUGUGCGCGGAGCUGGAGAACAAGGCCCCGGUGAACGAGAUCAUGCGGCUAGAACGGCAACAGGCGGUCAUCAACUCGGGCUUUGCACAGAACCUGCACAUGGGCAGGUGGUUGUGGAAGAGCACGCGCACCAAGGCCGGCAACGCGGUGCCCUGGGAGGUGCAGGCAGUCAACACGGAUACCGACAACUUCCUGUGGGAGGAGGGCAAGGCCACUAUUGUAACCAUCACGCCCGGCCUGUACGAGGUGUCCUUCGGCUUCUACUCCGCCUCGGGCGCACCCAAGCUGCGCCGCUCGCCGCCACUCAUCCAGGUGUUGGUCAACGGGGAGGUUGCAUUGACCGCACUGCACAACCCCAAUGCCGUACAACACGGCGCAGGAGGCGGCGGCGGCGGCGCACUCAGCAGCGUGCACACCAGCUACAGCGGCGCGGCGUCGCCGUCGUUACGGGGUCCGGGCAGCGGUGCGGCCUCUCCCGGGUUGGAACGAGCCACCAGCACCACGGGUCUUAACUCCUCGCCUGUGACCGGGCUGACGACGUGGGAUGUGCUCAUGCUGCCGGCAAAGGCGAAGAUUGCGGUGACGUAUCAGGGCGAGGAGCGUGGCGAGGGAUUCCUGGGUCUGCGGAAGUUGUGAGGGGGUGGUGGAGGGAAGGGAAGGGAUGGGUUGAAGUGGUGUGCGGAGGGCGGCAUUGAAGUUGGGGCUCUAGUUUUGCGUGCGAGCCGAGCUAUGGCGGCGUUAGAUUGCGAGCGGAAUUCAUGAGUAGUAGAUGUCAACGUGUGUUGCUUGCCUUGGUUUUGGACUGGAGAGAUCAUGGAAACACUUCACGUGACAGAAUUUCGAUGGCCUAGACGUCCAAACACGGCCCGUAGACUUGCGGACUAGGUUUUCGAGACAUGACUGCUUGAUCCUGUUAACUGUGAUCAGCUGCCCGAUUAGUACGUAGCAUGCGGAAUAAUGUAGCGCACUCUUCCUUUAAGGUUUUGUCGUAUUUUGCUUUCCGUAGAGACUUCGAUGCCAUUAUUGGUUUACACCUACCAGCUGUUAACGCCUCAGCUGUCCAGACGCUUCUUCUGUGUUUAUUUCCAAUUUAGCUUUGCG